ACGCACCUCGCGGGCCGGGCCGGGCUCUGACGCCUCAUCAGGCUACCGCUAAGCCCCGCCUCCCUGCCGCGCUGGGGGAGGGGGAAGCCGAGGUGGCCACGCCCCCAUCUCAGCCUGCAGCCGCUCGCCGCGGACUCGGGCCCGGGCCGUCAGCGGGGAGGGGCUCGGCCGGGGGCAGGUAUAACAAUGGAUCUAGUCCUGAACUAUGUAGAUUACAACUUUUUUACACCACAUGUGUAUCCAACCACAUGGCCUGAGGAUGAGCCCUUUCGACAGAUCACCAGUCUUCUUAUUGUAACAAAUCUUGGUGCACUUGUGCUUUAUUUGCUGUUUGGAACUUUGAGCUACUACUUGGUUUUUGAUCACUCUCUGAAGCAACACCCCCAGUUUCUAGAGAAUCAGGUGCAGCUUGAGAUAAAAUAUGCUCUCCAGUCACUGCCCUGGAUCAGCAUCCCCACAGUUGCGCUCUUCUUUGCAGAGGUCAGAGGUUACAGCAGGCUUUAUGACAACAUUGAAGACUCUCCAUAUGGAUGGUUUGGUGUAAUCCUUAGCAUGCUCUCUUUCCUUUUCUUCACCGAUAUGUGCAUUUACUGGAUUCACAGGUUCCUCCAUCAUAAACUUGUGUACAAGCAUCUGCACAAGCCCCAUCACCGCUGGAAGGUUGCUACACCAUUUGCAAGUCACGCCUUCCACCCCGUGGAUGGCUUCCUGCAGAGUAUUCCAUAUCACAUCUAUCCUUUCCUCUUUCCUUUGCACAAAGUGACCUACUUGGGUCUCUACAUCGCUGUCAAUGUCUGGACAAUCUCUAUUCAUGAUGGCGAUUACCGCGUGCCGGAUUUCUUGAAACACAUUAUCAAUGGCUCUGCCCAUCACACUGAUCAUCACUUGUAUUUUGAUUACAACUAUGGUCAGUAUUUCACACUCUGGGAUAAAAUUGGGGGCUCCUACAAAAGCCCCUCAUCCUUUGAAGGGAAAGGGCCACAUGAUUAUUUGAAAAAGCUAAAGAGUGGAGAAUUGGCCCAUAUUGAAAAUGGCCAUGUGGAUGAAGAAUUGGUGAAUAGAGACAGUCUAAAGAAUGAAUAAUUUUUUCCUCAAGCUAUUGUAAAAAGGCCCUGACUUUUCCAGUUUUUUAAAAAAGGAAAAACCUACUUAUAAAGAGCCCUUCCCCUAUUAUAGCAUUCUUGGGAUGCAAGCAUUUUAGGUGCUUAGUAGGGUUAUUAUGGUGGAGCUGUGUAGUUAAGUACCACAAUGCAGUCCCAUAAUGGGGGCCAUUUAUGGUGAGUAAAAAGCAUAAGACCUAUGUAAUGUCUAAUGUUGAUGCAAUAACAAUUUUCUGCAGCACUUCAUGCAAAUGUCAGUGCAUUGAAAUUGGAAGUACAUUUUCUAGUAUAGGCUCUGUUAAGUCUACACUUCAAUUCUGCCAUAACAGCAGUAACAGAUCUUUUUGCCCUACUCAAAAGCUUUCUCCUGGAAGUACAUUGUUCCAGAUAGUAAGUGAUCUCUGCAGUGAUAGUUUACUGGGAAUUUUGCUAAUUGAGCCAGGAUGCUAUAGGUGACACUAUACAGAAAUUUCACUAUUGGCUCAGUGUACCUCAAAGGAAAAUUCCUCAAAUAAAGGAAGACACUUGCAUCAAUAUAAACUAAUGCUUUGCAUAUGGAAUGUGUGACUAUACUUUUCUGCAUAUACACAUACCUCCAGCUUAAUAAAAACACACAUUUUCCCAAUUAUCCAGCUAACUUGUAUAUUAGCUUAGCAUUAAAAUAGAAACCAUCUGAAUCAAAAUGGAGCUAAUCUUGUUCUGGCAGGAAUUUUGUGUAUUUUACAAUAGGAGGAAGAUAGACCAGCCCUACUAUUUUUAAAAUCUUACACUGUUUAUAUAUAAACUACAUGUUGAAUUGUUUGAAUGAAUCUAUCAAUGCUGUUGCAUUGCCAACUAGACCCUCUUCUCUUUACCUACCCACAUUUAUAUUGCCUUAUACUUGGGCUUAAUGAAUUUGAAAGCAUGAGCUCCCAUCUCUAAUGGUUAAUAGAAUGUCUGAACAACAUGACAGCAUAACUUUUUACAUGUUGUGUGUAUUUUUAGCACUGAUACAUAAUAGCAUUUGCUACAAAUAAAGUAAUUGUAUUCUGUCAAUUUUCCCAAUCAAAUCAUGCAGAAUGACAGUCCAAAGUAACUGUAGGAAUAUACAGACUGCUGUACUUCUAAGCUUUCAGUAUUUUUCAAACAGGGUAACUUCUCCCACUUUAGAUUUAUAGACGCAGGAAUUUUGUCCUUGAGGAAAACUUCUCAAUUGGAGUUUUUUAUAGUCUUUUGACACAUUUAUAAUUCCUGCAAAAAUCAACUGGCAGGUAGAAAUCCUACAGUAGUAAUAUACCUUUUGGAGGAAGAAAGACUGUUUGGCUACUGUUUUCAGAGAUGGGGAAAUACUUGCAGAUGGCUGUUAACAUUCACUUCACAUCAGUUUGGGAAAGCUACCAGGUGACUUACUGGCUUUCUAUUUCUACUGUUUUUUUCUUUUCUCCCUGUUGGCAUCUGACUUUUUUUAAAGAGUAAACAAAUAUUUUUAUUGUGCAGACAUGCAUGAUGCUAAAUCUCAGUUUUGAUGUAGAAGAGGUGUGAUUCUAAAUUUUGAAGACCAUUCUGUUUUAUGGUUCUCUAACAGCCUAGUUUAAAUCUUAAGGUUUUUCUUUUAAAAACUGCUUACAAGAGAUUAAAGCUUUUGCUGGUUCUAAUACAGUUUACCUAGCAUUACAAAAUUACCUAACAUGAGGAGAGAGCUGAAGAGGAAUGGUGUGGGUUUUUUGUUUCCUGCCCCCCCCUCCUUCAGGAAGCAAGGAUCCCCUGGUAUAUAGUAGUGGAAUCUGUUUUUUAAAUCUUGCAUGGCAGUAAGAGUUCCUUACGAUUUAUCUGUAGUGAAAAAGUUUGAAUGGGGAGCAGGGUAGAACCAGCCUUACAGGCAGAAAAGCUAUGUAGGAAAACACUAUGAAAC